CGUAUCAUUGUUUGAUUGUCUCGGGUGACUGGUUAGUUGCUACAACAAUCAGGGCCACCUUCGUUUCACCAACAAUUGUUAAAUAUCCCAACAAGUACAUGUCUGGUUACUUAAGGUAUUCUAUAUGGUGAUUUCCCCCAAACUAUUAGGAUUCUGUGUGACAAACGAACGCAGCCGAAUGAAGUCUAUAACUCUUUAUUCAAGAAAAAGGGAACUCGUGUCGUGGUCUUGACCAGAUGAAGAAUAUACUGCCACAACUUUAGGACUCUGACGUCACAACGUUAGGACUCUGACGUCACAACUUUAGGACUCUGACGUCACAACUUUAGAACUGUGACAUAAUUUGAUCAACAUGGGUAAAUUAGAUUUAUUAGAAAUAAACUUCACCAAUAACCAGGAAGUAUUUUAUGGAGGUCAACUUGUACAAGGUCAUGUCACAGUUCAACUCAAUGCAGAAAUUAAAAUGAGACGAAUUAGGCUAGAAUUUAAUGGCGGUGCUCGGGUUAAAUGGUCAGAAACUCGUAGUAAUGGACAGUCAACAUACACUGUAGUUUAUUCAUCAAAAGAAUCAUAUUUUGAGCAUGUUUUGGUUCUGUUCGGUAAAGGUCUCGAGGAGAAAGGAGACGACCACGUCUUACAACCAGGAAAUUACAGUUAUCCAUUCAGCUUCCAGCUACCAAACCAACUACCCUCAUCAUAUGAAAGUUCUGUUGGACGAGUUAGAUACACGGUCACAGCUGUAAUUGACCGUCCAUGGAAAUUUGACCAUAAAUGUAAACGAACAAUUACAUUUAUAGACGCAGUUGAUUUGAAUUUAGAACCAACCGCUGCGCAAGGUGUUACACAACAAGGUGAGAAGACUAUGUGUUGUUUAUGUUGUAAAUCAGGACCUAUCAGGGCCGUAUUAAAAUUAGAUAGACUCGGAUAUGUACCUGGAGAAAAUAUACGUAUACACGGUGAAAUAAAUAAUCAUAGCCGACGCAAAAUGACCAGUUCCUUUGCUGAGCUUCGAAUGACUGUUGACUACCAUACUCCCAGCAAAACAAGAACACAGAAAAAUUCUGUGUCUAAAAUCUGCAAAGGUCCCAUCCAAGCAGGUGGGGAUGAUAUUUGGAAUGGGGAUGCUCUUGGUGUGCCGCCUUUACCACCCUCCAACUUACGUGGAUGUAAAAUCAUAGAUAUAAAAUAUACUGUAACGUUAAAUGUAGAUCCAGCUGGACCAGCAUUUGAUUUAGUGGUACCUAUAAAAAUUAUAAUUGGUACUAUUCCAUUAAGAUCAGUAGCUCAACAGUAUGGUGUACCAGGACCUAUGCCCUCAUCUAUAUACCUAUCAGAUCACCCCAAUAUUCCUGUUAAACUAAUCAUGCCAGAAGUAUCUAUGUCUCUACCACCAGUAGAAUAUGUUAAUGUCAGUCCAAGUAAUAUGUCCAACAAUCAAGAUAUACCCCCACCAGCUUAUGUUGAAAGUUAUUUUGGUAAAGUUGAUGUUCAUGAUGAUGAUGAUAAUGAACACACACGUGGUAAUAUGGAAUAUGCUCCUGUGUACGCCUAUUAUAACUGGAAUGAACACAAUACCAAUACAUUUCUUAAUGUGGCUCCAAAAAAAUAACACGUGUUCAACUAUAUUUUAGCAUCCUAUAACCUCAACCUCUCUCUGUCCAGAAAGCAACGAUACGACCAACUCUUGUUUUGAAUUUAAACUGUCAAGGGUUUCUUUUACAUACACGGCCAUCAAGGUGUUUUACCUGUGAAAUAAUCGCAAAUACAAGGUGAAUUUACUUCGGAUAAUGAUCAACCUGUCGUCAAAUGACAAUUUCUAAAUUGAUUACAUAACUGCACCUGGGGACGUGAAUUCUCCGAAGAAGCGUGUAUAUUAGCCUAUAACUAGCCCAUCACGUGAAUUCUCCGCAUUUUCUCUGCGAUAUCACUUUAGUGGAAGCGGAAGUAAAAUAUAGCUAUUUCACACACAACUUCUCCGCAGCAUCAUGUAUUGGCCUAUAAAUAGUCCAUCGCGUCAUAUUUACCGCAGCAGCGUGUAUUGUGCUAUAAAUAAAUAAGAGUAGGCCGUAGUGCCGCUGUCCGGGCAAAAUCCCCCUCAUAGCCCACUGUAUGGCGUAUGCCCGUCUUCAUUAGCCCAGUUCGGAGCAUAUCAUUUCUCCAGGUUAUUGCACGAAAGUAAUUAUGCCGUAUACAACGAGGUCUGAUUUUAACAGAGAAGAGAGACUCCUAGAAUGUAGACUUCCAGAAGCAAACCCUGUUAUACUCUAUACUGAUCCCUGGGUUGAGAGACUCUCAGUUGCGGGGGUCACGAUUAGUUAACUGAACAGUCGAUCUUUAUUUCAACCCCAUCUCACUCCCAUUGUAUCUAUGACAGAUUAGGUAAUUAAAAAACGACGGUAUAGACACGUACACUUUCCCUGUGUCUCUUAUCUCUCAAAUAAUUCACUGUUAAAAGUUAUGAUCAGUUGAAACAAGCGGUUACCAUGCACAAUACGCCCACAUUUUCCAAGAAAUGUAUGGGAAGGGGUAAAAUCAAUAGGGCUCAUCCUCUCAUUCAAGAUCUUUUGAUCCUUAACAUAUUUGUUAAAGGAGCUAAAUCGCUAAUAUUUGGGAUCUAAAUUGACACAAGUGGGUUGCAAUGCAUAUAAUAAUGUAAUAUAUAAACUGA